AUGGAGUCGGCCCUUAGCGUCGCUCUCACUUCUGGCAGCGGCAUCGAUAGCGCCGGCGGCAGCGCGAUGCUUAGCAGCCUAUCCUCGCUCAACGCUGCAAGCUCUGAUGUUUCCUCCGGGGCGCGAUCCUCGAGGACAGUUACUAGGUCAUUUGGUGAGCAGCAGAUGCUCACGACGAAGCUGCUCAGCGUGACGAGCCAGCUCGGGACGGCGGCCGCCAGCGCGAUGAUCGCUGGCACAGAGCAGACGCUCGAUGGGACGGACGCCGACGGUGUCGGGGCUCAAAUGAUGUUGGCCAAGCUGGCUUCCAUAUCGGUAGACGGCGUGGGCGUGUCGGGCCUCUCGUGGGGGCGGCAGACCCGGCGGCUCUCGUCGAGCCCGUGCCAAGACAUCCACAUCCAGCAGACCAAGUGGAGCGGGACCAACCCGCACUCGUACGCGGACCCGGCAAGGGGCCAAGAGUUGCCCCUGUCGAAGGGCCCGUUGAACGGGUAUGUGCACGCGAACGCUUCCGUCAAGAUUCUUUCCAUGCAGGCGUGCGGGGAGCCAGUCGAGUAUGUGAAGGACGGCGAGCGCCGCUUGGUCACCACGCUGAGCGGCGACUCGCCGCUCGAGUUGACGCUGACCAUGGCGGCCAUCCCAGGCGUUGCCGAGGAGGGCUAUGGCUGGGAUCCCGUAUGCGCUUGGUUCAACGAGAGCGGUGCGGAGUGGACCGCCGACGGAACAGCCUUUGUGGGUUCUGCCAACGAGUCCGGUGGAGGCGUGACGUGCCAGGCCUCGAUCGGCAUCUCCAGCAUGGCAUACACGGCGGUCUGGGUGGAGUUUUUGCUCCCGACGACGACGACCACCACCACCAGGACGCCGACCACUACGUCGACGACGAAGACCACCACAACCACCACGAGCUCGUGGGCUUGCGACACAGCGAUGCUGCACAGCCCGUACUGGCGGGCGAGGUGGAAUUGUUCUUGGGGCCUGGACACUAGCACUGAUAAUGAAACUGGAUUGGCCCUCACGCGGAAUUAUACGUGCGUUGCUUUCUGCGCAGCAGGCAGCACGCUCACCACGACGGCCCAAUGCGAUGGCGCGAGGUGGGUCGUCGUGGAGGAGUGUCUUUCCAGCGCUGAUAGCGGCGGCGGCGACGACGACGACGAAUCAGGAUUCUUCGGCACGGGCAGAGCGCUGUUGUUCGCGGCUGGUGGCGGCUUCAUCGCAGUGUUGCUAUGUGCCGCCUGUCUUGUGGGUGGCUUCCUGUACUACCGGUACCGCCAGGAGCUGGAGGACAGAGAGGAGCCGCUGGUGGAGCACCACGUCGCCUGGCAGGAGGACGAGCCUGCGUACGCGGCUGCCCGCAACAUCAGGCCAGCUAGCUACAGGCCGAACCACCUGCGCUCCGCCGCCAACCCGCAGCCCCGCCGCAGCGAGCAGGACGGCAACUUCUGGGAGUGGGCCCGCCACUGGGCCAGCCCCCACCCUUUCCAGGUCCAUGGGGCUGAGCCUUCGCCCCCGCCGGCGGCCGAGGCCGCCGCCCCUCGGCCGCCCCGCAGCCGCUGA